AUGGGGAAGGAAUGCGUAGUUUUAGGUUGUACUAAUAGAGACACCGAUAAACAAGAAAAUUUGAAGUUCAAUCGCAUUCCAAAAGAUGUUAUUAGUAGAUCGAAAUGGUUGAAAGCUGUUAACAGAAUAGAUCCAAAUACUGGAAACCUGGUGACGACGGGGCCUGGGUUUGCAGUGACCAUUUUAUUGUUGAUAUUACAGAUGGACAAGAUUAGAAGACUCAGUUUAUUGUGUAUGGUCAUCUGCUGUGACUUUCACAAGACAACUUAUGCAUACAGAUCUGAUGCAGAAUGCAAACGGAUUUCAGAGAAGGUGACCUUCGACCCGUUGGCAAAUAGAUGCAUUUGUGAUCGCAUCAGAUGUUACAGCAGGAGGACUCCACCAGGAGUGAUAGUGGAUGUGGAAGAUUGCUCCCUCCUUAGUAUACAUUGUGAUAAAGGAAUGGAGCCAAAUGGUAAAGAGACUAUUUGCACUGCAUGCAGACCAGGAAGUUUUAAAGCUGUUGAAGGAUGUCAAUGGUGUACAGAAUGGACAGUUUGCAACAAAACAGAACAUGUCUUAUUUACUGGUAAUUCAACAACGGACAGAAGUUGUGGCACCAUUGUUACGAACGGCCCUGAAAGUACAACGCAAACCCCAAACCAGUCUUCAUCCACAACAGGCAAAGUAACAUCUGAGAACAUACCUACUCCUACUUAUAUACCAAUAUCCCCAGGAAAUGUAUUGGUGAAUUCUAAGUCAGGGAAUUCAAUCUCAAGUGAUAUAUUCUACACGUUUUGUGGAUUGUGCGG